UCAUACAAUACCUUUCUGAGAGGUUGUGAGCCAUCGCACCUCAUCCUACGAUAGGACUAUACAGAUAUCCUACUCGUGGAUAUUUUUUUUUCUCUUAAUCUGCGAUAACCAGACGCAGCGCGGUGCAGCUGGUCAAGAUGACGUCGUCGCAGAACCCGCUGAAUGGCCUCGUCUUGACGCCGCAACAGCAGAGUUUGCUGUUUGCCGCGCUCAAUUCCAAGCGCCCGAGCAAUGGCCUGUCCAACAAUAACUUCAACAACAUGCCGCUCUUCGAUGGAUCGCCCCUUCAGGGGGAUGGCUUAUCCAGUUUUCAGACCAGCCCUGACCUCGAUUAUGAUUACGACUUUCCAGGACCCGAUGCAACCCUCGAUUUCUCCUUCGAUGACACCAACCAGCCCAAAAUGAUUGGCGACUUGCCCGGCACAAAGCGGGCUUUGAAUUCCGACUCUGGGGAUGCCGAAUCGCCGGAGAAAAGAGGCCAUCCUGAUGACGGGGAGAAUCCGGGGGCCAAGCGCCGGGAGAGCGAGGAAAAGGUGGCGAAGAAGCCGGGCAGAAAGCCAUUGACAACGGAACCAAACUCGAAACGGAAAGCUCAGAACCGGGCUGCACAACGGGCCUUCAGGGAGCGCAAGGAGAAGCACCUUAAAGAUCUAGAAAAUAAAGUCCAGGAACUGGAGAAAUUGUCCGAGGCUGCGAACAAUGAAAACGAAGCACUCCGUGCCAAAGUUGAAAAGUUGACCGUCGAGUUGAACGAGUAUAAGAAGCGGCUGUCUGCACUUACAGGCGGCCGGCCCGUUCAGCAAGGCGUCGCUGCGCAUUUCGGAAAUCUCUUACUCAACAAUUUGAACGAUGUCAGUUUCCAAUUUGAGUUUCCCAAGUUUGGCAGUCUCCCCGGGCCUCCCGCCAACAGCGCCAAGAAGCCAUCGGCAACACCAUCGCAACCACCCAAGCAGAACAGUGCGGACCAUCAGAGCCCGAGUGUGAACUCGCAGGACGGCGUCAGCCCCGGGAAUUCGAGCAGUUACAGCCAAGGUGGUCUUGAUUCUCAGACCAAACAGGACCUGGCCAAUACGUCUUCCGGCUCAUUCAAUCCGCCCACCAGCAACGACAAGCGCACAAACGGGUCAUCAACCAGCACAGACUCGCACUACAAUACGGGCGGGGCCACGACGACCAGCUCACCCUCCGCAUUCUCGAACUCUAACGCGGGCGUUCCUAGUUCGUCGUGUGGAACAUCUCCCGAACCCUCGACUCAGUCGCCUGCAGCAUCCAAGCCUGUCGAUACUCUGAGCACAAUCGGAGAAGAACAGCCAAGCCUCAACAAUCAGUCUCAAGAUCUUGGUCAUUUUGCCAAUGCAGGCACCGACGAUUUCAGCCAUUGGCUCCCACAAACUGAUUUUCAGUUUGACCCGCAGCUAUUUGGUGGCUACCGCGAUCCACAAGAAACCGUCUUGUCGCAGACCUUCGACGAUAGCUUCUUCAAUGACGCGUUGGACAUGGACUUCUUCACGCCGUACAACCUGCCAAUUCCGAGCCCCGUGCCGCCCAAGAAGGACCUUAUCUCUCAGAUUGAUGCGGCCAAGGAGAAUGAUGAGCCUGCCGGCAAGGCUGGCCAGUUGCUGAAGUGCAACGAGGUUUGGGAGAAGAUACAGAACUGUACUGAGAUCCAGGGAAGCGAUUUUGACCUGGACGGCCUCUGCGCAGAUCUGCAGAAGAAAGCCAAGUGCGACGGCUGUGGACCCGUUGUCAGUCAGGAGGACUUCCAAGAGACGCUCAAUAAAUACUUCGGCAAGGACAAAGACGAGCUUUCUAAGACGAUACAGGAGCAUGUGCGGGUGGAGAAGAAGCAGCCUUAGCUGGCCUGUCUACUCCUGGUAUUUCGGAACGUUCUGUACAACAAGCCGGGCACUCAUCGUGGCGGGCUCGGUGCACUUUUCUUUCUCGGGUUAUUGCGCAACACUACGGAGUUUUCUUGGGAGACAACAUCACAUGGGACAGGGUGCCUAAGAAUGCAGGUGCAAACACACAAAUGCAUGCGCUCGGUGCCGAUUAUAC